AACUCACGCUUGCCAGCGGAGACAUCGCUAGACCGCGGAAACUCUACGAUCAGCAGCUGCCAGCUGUAACCAGGCUGUGUCGAGGCUAUGCUUGUGUUGACUCCAAGUACCUUUGUUUCCUCCCUUGCUCAGUACUAGUAACGGUAUGGUUGCGGCUAAAAUCUGCUUGCUUCUCUGUGCCACAGGAGCGCAGUAUUAUGCCAUGACACCCCCAAAUGCCAGACCUUCCGCAAAGGAAGCUCUGAAUCCCACUGGUUUGGAAGUUGUCACUCCUUGGAUACAUAUUUUGGUCAAGAGCAUCAUCGGUGUCUGCGUUUUGUCAGAUGUUAUUCUUGCAUACGCAGCAGGAAAGGAAUCGACUCCCAUCCCGAAAUCGCUCACUACACUUCUAGUCCGCAGUGACUUUUGCUCGUUACCGAGCUUAGACCAUACCGCAUCAUCACCCGCACUUAUAGUCGGGUCUUGCCUGAGUAUCAUCGGCAGUGCCAUCCGCAUGCAGUGCUAUUCCACCCUAGGCAGAUUCUUCACUUUCGAACUCAGUAUCCGCCAGGAUCACAAACUAGUCACAUCUGGUCCUUAUGCCAUCGUUCGACACCCCAGCUAUGCCGGUGGACUAUCUGUUUUUCUGGGCAUCUUGCUCUGUCAUCUCCGUACCCGAUCAUGGCUGGUUUCUUGUUCGGGCAUGUUUCCUUCAUCUGACCAGGGGGCUAAGUUGGCUUUGGGAUGUAUUUGGGCGGGUUUGUUUAGUCUUCUUUUUUCGGGACUUGGGGGACGGAUCGAGAAGGAGGAGGCGAUGUUGGAGGGGAACUUCGGAGACCAAUGGAAAAGUUAUGUGAGAAGGGUACCUUACAAACUAGUCCCAUGGUUAUUCUAGAUUACAGUCAUUUAUUUAAAGACGCUAUCAAAGCAUUAAAAUACUGCAAGGGUAACUUCUUGAUCACUGGGUUACGGGGGAACGAAUGACAGGAGAAAAGUUAUUUAACCGAACGCUCCAGGAG